AUGAAGACAGCAGGGUGAGGGAAUGGGAAGGGAUGAAGCUUUCUUGGCCAGAACCCAAACCCCUUUCCUGUGGGUCUGGGCCCCAGGAGCAGCAGCCCCAUGUGCAGGGGCUCCUUUGGGGCCACCCUUGGCAGCGAGUCCCCCCCUUGGGGACCACGUUUCCUGUGCGAGGAAGUGGGCUGAGGCCGGCCGGGACCGUGGCUUCCCGCUGCAGCGCUGCCAGAUCCUCUGCUCCGGGUGCCUGGUCCCGCUGCGAUCCCUGCUGGAACUGGGCAGCUCUGCUGAGACUCCUUGACAUGAGGUGGCUUUGGGUGGUGGCUCUUGUGGCACCCGCCUGCACCAUGCCCUACAACAGCACAGGGGGCAGCACUGGGGAUGGGGACAAUGGGGACAGAGGGCGCUGCUGGGUGCACUACAGCACCCUGGGCUCCGAGGUGCUGCUGCCCUGCCCGGCCGCAGCGGGGGGCACGGCUCAAUGGCGCCGGGGGGACACAGUCCUGGGAGCGCAUCCUGCACCGGGGCUGGUGCUGCCCAACGCCAGCCUGGCCCACGAGGGCCGCUACAGCUGCCACCACCCCGGCACCGGCGAGACCUGGGGCACCGUGUGCCUGCGGCUGGGCUACCCCCCCGCUCCACCUGCGCUCCAGUGCUGGGCCAUCAGCUACCCGCAGGCAGUGAACUGCUCCUGGGCUCUGGCCCCUGAGCCGCUGCUCGACACCGACUUCGUGGCCACGUACAGGCACGGCACUGGGGGGGACACAGAGGUGGGUGAGUGCAUCCCCACGGGCCCACGGAGCUGCUCCUUUGGGAACGUGCAGGUUUUCUCCCUCAUCCCCUAUGUGGUGAACGUGACGGCCGUGAACGCCCUGGGCGCUGCCUCCUCCAUCCUGCCCUUCCUGCUGGAGAGCAUCAUAAAGCCGGACCCCCCCGAGGCCCUGCGGGUCUCCCCCAUCCCUGGGGAGACCACGAAGCUGCUGCUGGAGUGGAGCCCACCGGGGUCCUGGCCCUUCCCGGAGUACUUCCCGCUGAGGUAUCGCAUCCGCUAUGCGCAGGAGGACGGCUCCGUCACCGCAAUGGUGGGUCCCUACGAGCAGACAUCCCUCACGCUGUCGGGCCUGCGCCCCGGAGCCCUGCUCCACGUCCAAGUGGCUGCCAAGGACUUCACCGACUCCGGGGAGCUCAGUGCCUGGAGCGCUCCCGCCGCAGGGAUGCCCUGGAUGGAGCCGUGAUGGGGGCACAGGGCCAG